AGAGAAGAUUCUGGUCUCUUGAUAAAUAAAGAACACUUGCCUGUCAGCCAGGUUGCCGUGGGUGACACAAACAGACCGGGCUCUGAGGCCAAGCUCACCGUUGGACCUCUCCGUUGCCAGGGUGACAGUGACUACUGGAACGCUGUGUCUUUCACCACCCCGUCAUCCUACCUGCACUUUGCCACCUUUCAGGGUGAGACCAGCGCCGACAUCUCCUUCUAUUUCAAGACCAGCGCGCCCUACGGAGUCUUUCUGGAGAACUUGGGCAACACUGACUUCAUCCGUCUGGAGCUCAAAUCCUCUAAGGUGGUCUCCUUCUCCUUCGAUGUUGGAAACGGACCAGUGGAGUUGACGGUGCAUUCAGCCACGCCCCUUAACGAUGACCAGUGGCACCGCGUGAUGGCCGAACGGAACAUCAAAGAGGCGGUUCUCCAGCUGGACCAAACCUACCGUGCGUCCCGGCUGGCUCCGGCCCAGGGACACACACGGCUCGAGCUGUUCAGUCAGCUCUAUGUGGGUGCAGCAGGAGGACAAAGGGGCUUUCUGGGUUGUAUCCGAGCCUUAAAGAUGAAUGGCGUCACUCUUAACCUGGAGGAAAGGUCCAAAGUGACACCUGGGGUCAAACCUGGUUGCCAAGGCCACUGCACCAGCUUUGGGAUGUACUGUCGAAACGGGGGGAAGUGCGUGGAGAGGUACAACGGCUAUUUGUGCGACUGCACCGCCACCGCCUACGACGGGCCUUUUUGCACCAGAGGUUCCCUGCAGGUGCGCUACAACCUGGGUGGUCUGAAGGAGCCGUUUGCAAUAGAUGUGGAUCAGCGGAACCUGGCCAAUGGACAGCCUCACAGCAUUAACAUGUCCCGUCACAACAGGAGCAUCACCAUCCAGUUGGAUCAUUACCCUCCAGUCAGCUACCACCUUCCAGAUGCAGCAGACACACAGUUCAACUUGGUCAAGACGUUGUUCUUAGGCAAAGUCUUUGAGUAG